AUGAGAUUCUCUGCUGGUAUCAUCGUAGCUUUGGCAGCCUGCUCACCCUUCCUACUAUUGGAGACGGAGGCGGCUUCUACGGGACGGCGAGUAAAAGGCAACCGCCGAGAACGACGUGUUGUCGAGGAGGCAGAACCCAGUUCCGAAAUCAAGGUUGAAAGGCCUGUGAAGCGUCGGCUGGGAAAGGGCAAAGGCAAAGGCGGAGAUGACUUCUACAGCGACAGUGUUGCAAAGCAAUCAGCCUUGUCUGGGGAGUACGUAGUGCUGCAGGGAUCCAAGGUUCAGGUCCCAAUUGUGGCCCACCAGGACUUUGUUCACAUGGCCCUUGCACCCUAUCGAAUGGUGUGCCGUGUGGCAGGCAAUGCUCUCUGCGACACCACCACCUCAACCAGCAGUUUCAGUGGAGCUCAAGGCAUGCCAGCCUAUGUCUCCUUCGGAAUUUGGUUGAAUCAGUUGGCUAGUCGACACUUGAUGAUCCAUCCAGUAGCAGUCCUCGCCGUGUUCUUGGUGACUGGUCCCUUUCUGUGCAUUGAGAAACUUCUGUUUUUUGCAGAUGCUCCCAUGAUCACCAUGGCUGUGUUGGCUGCCAUUUGGUUUGCUCGCAGGAGCCGCGUCGCAGUUGUCACUCGCAAGCUCAAGAGCGCCUAG